AUGAAAGAGGUGGUACACGGAUAUGUUGGUAAUACCGUAGCUACACCGGUAAUGCAGGCUUUUGGCUGCGACGUCGCGGCUCUAAAUACUGUGCAAUUCAGCAAUCAUACAGGCUACCGUCAGUUUAAGGGUACCUACACGACGGCUCAACAGAUCACUGAAAUAUGGAAAGGUCUUGAAGACAGCCAUAUCGAUGACUAUCAUAUGAUACUUUCUGGUUAUCUUCCUGAUGCAUCUUCAGUAGGAGCGCUAGGUCAUAUAGCUAAGAGUCUAAAAAACAAGUCAACCAUAGAUCAAGAGAAAGUCUUUUGGAUACUCGAUCCAGUUCUAGGAGAUAAUGGAAAAUGCUACGUAGAUCAAGACGUCAUUCCUGUAUACAAGAGUCUAUUGCGAUUUGCUGAUAUGCUAUUGCCAAAUCAAUUCGAGGCCGAGACAUUAUCCGGAGUCAAAAUAACUGAUAUGGAGACACUGAAAGAAGCCAUCUCAACUUUGCAUGAUCAGUAUCAUAUUCCUCAUAUACUCGUCACAUCUGUAGACUUCUCUUCAGGAAUAGAUUCGACUUCAUUUUGUGCUGUCGGCUCGACAAAGACAUCUGACAACCGGCCUCGUCCUUUUAGGAUCAAGAUACCGCUCAUUAAAUGUACUUUUGUCGGCACCGGCGAUAUGUUGGCAGCGCUUAUGCUAGUAUUCUUCAGAAAAGCAGUUUGUGAUACAGCCGGUCUCUCGGAUACCCCACACUGGUGUAGUGAUGAUAAGGUAAAAAGCACGGACCUACCAUUAGCUAAAGCGGCAGAGAAAAGCUUGGCUGGGAUAAAUGACGUUCUUCAUGCUACCAAGUUAAUCUAUGAUGUGGAAAUGGAAAGCUACUAUCAAAAGGUCGGUGGUAUCGAGGCAGCUCACGCAAAUGAGACAUCACGAGCUCAACAUCAACUAGCAAAAUCGAAAGCAGCUGAAGUGAGGCUGGUGAGGAAUAUACCACGCCUAAAAAGUCCAACAGUGAACUUCACUGCAGAAAUGCUAUAG